AUGAACGGUGAUCGACCGACAGAAGUAACUGCACUUCUUGACCGCGUACGCUCACCAGACCUCCCGCUCGUUCCCUCAAUUGCCCCGACGCUCGCUCAUGUCUCCACCCUCGACGUACAGCACAUCACCGCUGACGACCUCUGCCCUCACGACCUCGCAGACGCUCCCCCAGAGGUCAGAGUCGCUUACACGCUCAUUGUCCUCCUCAGACUACGCCAACUCAGGCUGCACAAGCGGCCCAGAACGAACAACUUGUGGGAAUUAUGGAAGGAAUUAGAAGAGAAUGCAAAUGAUGUCGAACUUCUUGAUGCACACAUCGCCAGUGCCUGGAGUCUCUUCGUUUCCGAGUAUCACAAUGCGGUUGAGGUAGAGGACGCUCUCUGGAUAGCUUUCCCUGAGGACCAUUCCAAAGACUCUCGCCGUCUCAGAGUCGUCGACUUUCUUUACGGCGAGGACAGCCCCAGGGCGCUAGUCACCCACCGACUGGUGCAGCUGAGUCUGCUCAGACGAUGGAAGCAAGGCGCAUUCCCCGAGGAUACAUUCGCCAGUAUCUCUCCACGAAUCAUCUUAGACCGAUACGACAACCUUGGCACGCCUCGGAUAUAUCAUAUCCUUGACAACGUCUGCGGCGCUAUCCAAUUGUUUCUUUUGGCCUCGUAUCUCCUAUACCCCCCAAUCGUCAGUAUCGUCGACGCUCCUCACGUUAGCUCAGACUACGGUCUCCGCGAGAUAUUCAUCGUUAUCUUGUCACUGUCCCUCGCCAUUCGAUCAUGGUCUAUGGUGGCCAUACCCCCUCUCCUUGCCUUUUGUGCAUUCAUGUUAUCUCUUCCGGCAGUUCCAAUUCCAGGCUCUACCGCGUUCUUCAUUCUACUUCUCGCAUUCGCGCUUCAAAUCCUUGCGCUGCACCUACCCAUCCCCACGAGCCCCCUCCUUUUCCUAGACCCCGAGAAUCCCCUCCCUCUCGCCUCCCUCUUCAGCCUCGCAAUAGCGAAGACUGCAGCCCCCGCAUUCCGGUUCUUCCUCCCUGUUUUCACAAUUUGCUUCGUUCUACUUUCGUAUUCACUAGCGGACACAUUUUCCUUAAAGAUCAUGUCCAACCUGGAAUUUCCUAUCCCCACUUUCUCAGUCAUUCCAAUCCCCAUCGAGACUCGUUCCGCCUUCCUUUUCAUCCUGGCGAUCAUCUUCAUUUCGUUCCUCUCGUCUCUGGCGAUCCUUAUGAAUGUUUUACCCAAAAAUUGUGCUUCCCCUACUCUCGAGAGGUGGGAUCGGUAUACCAAGCCUGUUGGCCUUGAAGCCCGCCGAGCUUUCAUUUAUGCUGUGGUUUAUCACAGCUCCCCUUAUAUGUUUCCUCCUCCGUUCAAUCUUUUACAUCUCGUUUUCGUUCGUCUUCCCAAGACUGUGGCUCGAAUGAUACACAUCGAUGACCGAUAUAUAGAGGAUUGGAACAAGUAUCUAUGGCGGGUUAUUGUAGGACCGCUUGUAGCUGCCAUGACAGUCGUUGUGUGGACACUUCGACAGACUGAAUAG